ACAAACAAAAUGCAUCCUUUUGAGAGAUAUUAUUCAAGCAAAAAAAGCAUCUGAGUGAAAUACAAGCUAUAACGAUUCGGCCGAAGGAGACAACAAAUCGUUGACGCUCAGCAGUCUCCCUUGAUAUCGUUGCAGAAGCGUAACUCCAUUCCAACAGAGAAGACGACGAGCCUUUCCUAAACGUCAUCAUGAGCUCUGGUCAAGAAAGCUUCCUCAAGUUUAACACCCUGUCUUGCGUGGCGGGUCUUUGUGUGAAUCACGUGACUACGGUCGAGCUCCGCAAUGAUUCGCAUGUCACAGGACUUGUCAAGGAGGUUGACGGAUUUAUGAACGUGGUCAUGGAUGAUGUGGAGUUCGUGGACCCUCGGCAUAAUCGGAUGAAGUUUUCCACUUUCUUUGUUCAAAACCGGCUUGUUCGGUACAUUCAUAUUCCCAAGGAGAUCGACAUUGUCGCCGCGUUACCCAAAGUACUGGAACGAAGGAAACGAACGAAAGGCCCGCCCGAUCCAUCGGAUCCGGCACAAAAACUGAGUGGAGCCCGGAAGAAGAUCAUGAAAAUUCGAGAACAAAGGCGCAACGAAGAUCUGAUCAAUGCCAUGAAAAUGUGUGAAAACAAAGAUGCUGCCAAAUGAUGUGUGAAGUGACUGCUCGAAGCAUCAACACUUAUCAAAAUUUGUAGAUAUUUAAUAAAUGAAAGCACACUUAUUAAAUGGAAAGACUGUACUU